GUUUGGCGUAGUUUUAGAAUUUAGAAAUCAACAGGCAGCAUUCGGGAGUUCGCUGAAAUGAGAAACGGGCGAGUUGACUAAUAAUUGAUGAUUGAUAAGUUUAAAGUAGUUCAAACGGCAGUGUUGGUCGGGAAAAACCGGUGAAUUUAAUGGAAAAGUUCGACUGUUUGGUCUAUGACUGCUAGGAUGUUUUGGUAACACUUUUAAACGCAAAUGCCUAACACAAAGCCUACAGCAGAGUAUAAAAAGAUACAAUAUGCAACAUUCCCGAAAAAGAACUCGCAUCAGGAACGAAAUAUAUUCUACCCCAGUUUGAAGGCUCCAAACGUCCCAAAAAGUAAAUCGAGCAGUUUCUUAGAUGCGGGCUUCCAUCCAAGAAGGGAGAAAACCAAUAUGACUUUCCCCAGGGAUAUACUUAGAGGAGUUUACCAUUUCACACAAACGAUAAAUGGGUAUACAAUAGAUUCUCCUGUUUUUCGUUUAAACACCAAUGCAACUGUAUUACUGUUGAUUACGUUUUCCUUAGCUGUUACUACAAGACAAUACGUUGGUCAUCCAAUCGAUUGCAUACAUGCGAGAGACAUUCCUGAAGACGUUCUUAACACUUAUUGUUGGAUCCACUCGACAUUCACGGUCGCGGACGGAGCUAAAAAAAGCGACAAAAGCGACAUGUCGUCCAUUGGAAUCCAAACAACCGGGAAAAAAACCGUCAAACAAAUCCGAUACUACCAGUGGGUGGAGUUCUUUUUGUUUUUCCAGGCAAUCCUAUUUUAUGCACCCAGGUGGUUAUGGAAGUCGUGGGAAGGAGGAAAAAUCCACGCCCUGAUGAUGGACCUCGACGUCGCCGUGUGCACGGAAAUCGAAAAGAAGCAGAAGAAGAAGCUGAUGAUAGACUACUUGUGGGAGAAUUUGCGGUACCACAAUUGGUGGGCAUACAAGUAUUAUUUGUGCGAAGUUCUGGCCCUACUGAACGUUAUAGGUCAAAUGUUCCUGAUGGACAAAUUUUUCGACGGCGCCUUCAUGAUGUUCGGCAUCGAGGUGCUGUCGUUCAUCAACGAUGACCAAGAGGACAGGGUGGAUCCGAUGAUUCAAAUAUUCCCGCGCUUGACGAAGUGCACCUUCCGGAAGUACGGCGUCUCCGGCGAUCCGGAAACCCACGACGCCCUCUGCAUCCUGCCCUUGAACGUCGUCAACGAGAAAAUCUACAUAUUCCUGUGGUUCUGGUUCAUCCUGCUGGCCAUACUGACUUUUCUGACGGUCGUUUAUAGGAUAAUUAUCAUAUUUUCGCCGCGCAUGAGGGUGUACCUCCUGCGGAUGAGGUACAGGCUAGUGCGGAGGGACGUCGUAGACACUAUUGUAAGGAGGAGCAAGAUGGGUGAUUGGUUUUUGUUUUACAUGUUGGGACAGAACGUGGAUUCGCUGAUAUUUAGGGACGUUUUGCAGGAGCUAGCGCAUAAAUUGAGCAGGCACGAUUUUCACCACGGGCCAGGGUUUAAGGGGGAAAUCCAGGAAGCGUAAAACGAGCGGAUGUUGUGAUUUUUGUAUAUGUUGAAUAUUGUAGAAAUGAUGGGAUGAUUGUAUGUACAUGCUACUGCUAUAUGAUAAAUUGAGUCUACCUGCAAAUAUUUCGCGAAUAAUAAGUGUUAAACAAUAUAUUGCUUCAAUCAAUAUGAAGGGAAUAUUUGAAAUGCUGGUUCAGGAUUAUUGUAAUAAUAAGUUUUAUCCAAAUAAUACAAAUAUGUGUAAGAAUUUCUUAGAUACAUUUUGCAAAUCACCUUCAAAUUAAAAAAUCAGCAAAAUCUUUCGGGACAACUUUUAAUAAAAUAUGCAAAACUCUAAUAAAAUCGCUAAAGAACCUUCAGAAAUCACUUAAAAUAAUCAAAAAAAAUUAUAUAGCUAAUAAAAUUAUUUUUUUUUCAAAAUUAAUCUUUUAAAAUGUUGCUAGAUCUGGUAAAGUGAUGCAAACACCCUUA